GGCUUUUCCUGCAUUCUUCCUUUCUGCAGCCUCUUGGUCUUAUCUGGAGGAAAAUGAACGGGCUUGCUGCAGUCCUCGUCCUGCUGGGAGUCUUCUGGACUCAGACUUCGGCACUGGACACCUUUGUCCUGCAAGAACCUGAGAAUGGCUAUGUCACUGGGACGAUGACUAUCGACAAUGAGAACAGGAUUGCUGAUGUCCAUGUCCGUUCUGGCAUGUACUCCUCUGAUACCAUUUUUGACUACUCACGUGGGUACAUUGCAACGAGGCUGUUCUCACGGAAUGCCUGCUUCAUCAUGAAGAUAAACAGGGAAGACAUCCCAGAGCUGGAAGAAAUCGGACGCCAGGCCUUUGAGAGACAGGCUAUGAGAAAAGUGUACUCUCCAAACAAUGUGUGGGUACAGUUCCAACCUGGCAAUUCCAUGUUUGGCCGUGCCAGAGACUGGCUUGUCUAUGGGAGACCCAUUGAGCAGCUCUGCGCGGGUCUGCCCCUCUACCAGCUUGAAAGCACCAGCCCACGAGAGAAUGUCAAUGGCUGUGCCAGUGCUGGAAUUCCAAGCAUUCUGGGCAUGAAGAUCUGUGAAAGAAUCAAUUAGUCUCUAUCCUGGCAAUUCUGCUGCACGGAAACACCUUGUUUCUUUGCAUGCUUUUGUGAUGGUAGCCACAUCCUCCAAUUGGAACAAAACAGGGUGUUAGACUCAACUUGCCUACCCAAAGCUGGGCAAGCCUCUGAUAUACAAAUAAAGAUAAUGCAGUAAUUAAA